AUGUUGUUUGUUUUGAUGUUGCAGGAGAGAAAAAAACAGCCGGGCGGACUUCCCGCUAGCGAGCCCCCUUCUUCCCGCUCGUCCAUCAACCAUCAACAUCAUCACUAUAUCAUCAUCAACCACCAGAACUUCGACUGCUCGACUUCCACCAACCGCACUCACCACGUCCGAACUCGCGCUCUCCAAUGGCGUCGAUUCCGCCGUAAGAGGACGAGGUUCGACGCGCUUGACAUCGCCCGGGGCGGCGAGUCUCUCUUCAGCUAUACUCUCCCGUCGUUCUCGCUCGCGUCUGGGUCUUCUAUCGCGCUCACGAUGGAGCAGUACGACCUCUCCGACACGUCGUCAGAGCUGAGCUCGAUCCCGUCGACGCCUCUCUCAGAUGACUGCCUCUGCCCCCCUUCUCUGGCGUCUCAGGGCUUCCACUCCGUGGCGGUGCCGGCGCGCACUGCAGAUAUGACAGAGUCCGCGCCCGUACGCAAAAGGCGAAAGAUAGAGCCGAAGCCCAGGAUUACCAGAUACCUCGACCUGACGGAGCCUGACAGACAGGUGCGCCCGGAGCAGGAAGAGCAGCUGCAGUCGCUGCUGAGGACGCUUCGUGGGCACCGCAAGAUCGUGGUGGUGGCGGGUGCUGGAAUAUCAGUCUCUGCUGGAAUACCUGAUUUUCGAUCCUCUCAUGGCCUGUUUUCUACGCUCAAAAAGGACCACAAGCUUAGGGCUUCUGGGAAACAGUUGUUCGACGCCUCGGUGGUUUACCAGGAUGAAUCGAUGAUUUCUUCUUUCCACGAUAUGGUCCGCAACCUCUCCGAUAUGUCUGCCAGCGCGAAGCCAACUGCGUUUCAUCACCUACUGGCUCGUCUGGCAGCGGAGAAGCGUUUAUUACGUUUGUAUACCCAGAAUGUAGAUGGCAUCGAGUCUUCUCUUCCUCCGUUGGAGACGAGCGUGCCACUAGAGGUGAAGGGGCCCUGGCCCAAGACCAUCCAGCUACACGGCGGUUUAAACAAGAUGGUGUGUCAAAAGUGCAACAAGACUUCGGAUUUUCAGUCAGAGCUGUUUCGCGGCCCUGACCCACCGCUCUGUGGAGCCUGUGAGGAGAUUGAAGAAGCAAGGACUGUUGGAGGCCAGAGAAGCCGUGGUAUUGGGAAAUUACGACCGCGAAUGGUGCUCUACAAUGAGCACAACCCAGAUGAAGAGGCGAUAGGCUCCGUGGUUAGUUCUGAUCUACGCGCCAGGCCUGAUGCACUCGUGGUGGUUGGCACCAGUUUAAAGAUCCCUGGCGUACGACGCAUCGUCAAGGAGAUGUGCCGUGUCGUCAGAGGCAGGAGGAAUGGAACCACGAUCUGGAUCAACCACGACUCUCUCCCUUCUGGCAAGGAGUUUGAAGACUGCUGGGACCUGGCCAUCAAGGGCGACUGCGACAACGUUGCACACCACGCCGGCCUGAAGAGGUGGGACGACAACAGCGACGAGAUCUUCGAUGAAUGCACUUCCGAGGAAGUUGAGCGUAUCAAGUCAGAGGUCGACGUAUCCGUCGUCAUCACGCCGAAGAAGCCGACCCAACAGCCUCUCCAGUUCCCUGACUGCAUGCCCACGCCGUCGUCCAGCUCUGAAGACUCGGUCAACGCGAACAAGAGAUCGCAGAGCCCAACGCCGUGCGCCCCCGCCGUCACCAAACAGAAACGCCCCAGGACCAAGAUUGUCAAAGCGGCCAGGAAGCCAGCUAACAACAAGCCUAAGGCGAAGAAGACCAAGGCAGGAGACGUCGCUGCCAACACUAUCCCGAUUAAUAAGGCGUUCCCAAGUAGAAAGGCCACUUCCAACGAGUCUAGAGCGGGAAAGGGCCUACACGGCAAACUCGACGAAGUCCUCAACCCGAUACACCCUGAGUCUGCUCGAAGCAACGGCCCAGCGGCCCCGGAAACCAAGGAGAGCGUCGUCCAUACCUAG